CACAAGCUGUCAAUCUGUGCUGUUGUUUGUGGCCACAUGCAUCAUUAGGAGAGACAUAUGCCUCCUCUUCAGCCUCUGAAAUCAACCUUCAUUUACAGACACACUUGGUUGCCCAGGUUUUGCAAAGGAGCCAGUAGAGCUGCUAACCCAGAAUCUCAGUGGGACAGCGUUCAAGAAUAAGUAGUCUCCUGGUCGAUGCUCCAGUGUUGAGAAGUAGACUUAAUCUUCCUCACACCUGCCACGGCCGUGCCAAGCUAUAAAUACAGGGGUCAUAAGAGGAUCCACCUGGUGUCGGUGUGAAGGCGUCUGUUGGAUAGUGAUCCCGGCUCACAAGAUGCCAGAGGAGCCAAGGCAAAGAUUUACAGAUGCUCCUUUGGAAGCAAAACUGAUCUUCUACUAAAAGAAUCGGUGUCCCACUGGCUCUGGAUAAUGCACAGAAAGUAAGAUGGCAGCAAGAGAGAGGGUGAAAUCUCUGAUGUGUAUCUGGAAAUGUGAAAAAAAUAAACCACAAACCAUCUGAAGUGAUAGAUACCACUAAAGAGUCUUUGCUGGAUUUAUUACGGGCACUGAUGUCUGACCUGCUUGCCAAUACAGGAGGCUUUUACCACACCACAGACUGAGCCACCACAUGUGUUUGUAAACAUCUAUAAAAACCAACAGAUGUGACAUGUUCACAUCUGCAACUUCCAGACAGCUCAUCCCAAAACCUGACUCUGUUUCCCAUUUUGGAGGGACCUCAGUUUCUCCCAAGUGAACAGGACUCAUUUCGACAACAGGAGAUGGAGCCUGUAUCACUCACACCUCACCUGCAUUUGGGAAAUCAGAGUGGAGCCAUUUGAAGGCCUCACUGAAACACCCAGACGGUCAAGACUGCUGUGUGCGUGGAUUGAUGUUUCUAUGUAGUGUGUGUGUACGAGUGCAGUGCAGCCUUGGAUCCAUCGUGGAACCACAGUCCGCCCGGGCGCCCAGCCUUCGGGCCGGAGACGCUCCAAACCAGCAACUACUCUCUGGUGUUGCUGAUUCAGCUCAGCCUGCUCUCCUUCGACCUGUUUGUCAACUCCUUCAGCGAGCUGCUGAGGACUGAGCCAGCCGUGCAGCUCGUACUUUUCAUUAUCCAGGACAUUGCCAUCCUGUUUAACCUGAUCAUCAUUCUGCUGAUGCUGUUUAACACCUACGUGUUUCAAGUCGGCCUGGUCGCCAUAUUGCUGGAGCGAUUUAGAGCUCUGCUAAUGCUCUCUACUCUCUACCUGACCUUCAGUAUCAUUCUGCACUCCUGGCUCAUGAAUCUUCGUUGGCUAAACACCAACAGAUUUAUUUGGACAGACGGCCUUCAGGUGCUGUUUGUGUUCCAAAGAGCCGCUUCUGUGCUUUACUACUACCUCUACAAGAGGACCUCAGAGUAUCUGGGCGACCCUCGCCUCUAUGAGGAUUCACCGUGGCUGAGAGAAGUCUUUGCUCGAGUCAGACAGUGAUCUCACUGCAGCUGACUACAUCAUGCGACAGAGGCCACGACCAGUGUAAAAAUGGCACAAUAAAAAAUGUGGAAAGCAAACGUUAGAAGUGAUAAAAAAAAUCCAAUGGGGAAAAUUGUCCACUCAAAUACAGUACGUUUUUUUUAAAGGUACAGGAAAUUUAUACAUUUAUACAUACAGGCCUGAAAUACAUUACUCAUAAUACAUCAAAUCUAUUUGACAGAGAUUGUAGCAAUAAAAUAUAUUCCAUGUAACAUUUCCUUCCAGUGCAGGAGGAUUGUGCCAAAAUCUGGAGAGAUUUUUUUUUUGAAUAGCAAGACCAGAACAUCUGUUUAGAUUUUUAAAAAUUUAAAGCCCUGCCUCAGAGCUUGUUCCAAAGCAUGAAGCCAGAUGACUGAAGCGGAGCUGAUUCUUCAGCUCAUCGAACUCUUGGAGCAGUGACUCCUUCUGCAGGUUGAACUGUUCAGCAAGAAAAGAGAAACAAGCUUUCAUGAGACAGGAGACAGCAACAAAUUUAGUCAAAUGACUACAAAUUAAUGAUAAACACAGAGGCAUAUGUUUGUUUUUUACUGACACAAUGUGAAAUCAAAAAGCUUUGUUUUUGCUGUGUUUUAUAUUAAAUAUAGAACCAAAUGAAA